CGUAGGCGGCGGGGUGUACGUCAGACUCAACGCAUUCAUCCUUAUCAUAUAUAAGAGACUCUCAUCGGUAGACCUCCUGCGCUUCCCCUCCCGAAGCACCCUUCCCGAUGCUGCUUGCCGUCGCUCAAGUCUCGGUCGUCUACGCCCUGCUUUACUUGCUCUACAAGCGCGUGGCCAGCGCAUCUUCCAAACGGCCGCCUCUUCCUCCGGGUCCGCCGGCGUAUCCUCUCAUUGGUCACAUUGGAAUUCUUCCAGAGGACGAAGAGCGCGCGUACAAGGAAUGGGGUCAGAAGUAUGGAUCGGACGUCAUCCACGUCAACAUGCUCGGGCAACCCAUCAUCGUGCUCAACAGUGCAGCGGCGGCGACCGACCUGCUCGACAAGCGCGGAUCUAUCUACAGCGACCGCCCGGCGUUUGCGUUCUUCAAGGCAAUGGGCUGGCACGACCAUGUGACAUUCAUGGGUUCGAACGAGCCGCUGUUCCCGACCUAUCGACGCCUCUUCCAGAAUCUCUUCUCCAAGUCCGAGAGCCGCAAGUAUAUGACGCUGCAGGUGAAUGAGGCGCGGAAGCUCGUGCAGCGCAUUAUUGCGAGGCCGGGGGAGUGGAGGAGGUUGCUGAGGCUAUACAGCACUGCGAUCAUCAUGCAGCUCGUCACCGGCGAGGAAAUCCUCAGGCCCGACGACGAGUAUGUUCUCGUCGCCGACCAAGUCAACGCUGCCGUGAGCAAUGGACCCGCGGUGGGGGCGGCAGGGCUGGACUUCUUCCCGUGGUUGAAGUAUCUCCCCAGCUGGUGCGAUCCCACCGGCUCGACGGCGUAUGUCCGCCAGUGGACCCAAGCUAUUGAUAGCGUGCAGACUAUGCCGCUUCGCAAGGUCACGGAGAUGAUGAAACUCGGGCUCGCGAAGCCGUCGCUCACACUAGACAAAGUGCUGGAGGAAGAGGCGCGUGUGAGGGCGGGAGAGCCGCGUCUAUUGUCCGACUACAACCUCGAGGGCAUGAUUGGUACGGUUUACGCAGCCGCUCAAGGGACAACGACCGACACGAUGUUAGUCUUCGUCUUCGCCAUGACGAUGUACCCUGAGGUGCAGAAGAAGGCGAAAGCAGAAUUGGAUGCAGUCGUUGGACCCGAUCGGCUUCCUGAGUUUGCUGACCGGGAGCAGUUGCCAUAUGUAGAGCGGGUGCUGCAGGAGACCUUUCGAAUGUGGCCUUCGUUGCGUCUGGGCGUUCCACACAGGCUGACAGAAGACGACGUCUAUAAGGGCAUGUUUCUGCCAAAGGGCUCCAUAAUCCUCGCCAACGCAACCGCCAUCUCGCACGAUGAGGCGUUCUACGCCGACCCCUGGCGCUUUGAUCCCGACCGGUUUAUCCCCAAAGAGCAGGGCGGGCGCGGGGAACCGCUACCUUCUGCGCAGUUUGGGUAUGGGAGACGUAUCUGCCCCGGCCGCUUCACCGCGGACAACUCAGUGUUUAUGGCGAUCGCGACGAUGCUGCAUGUUCUGCAGUUCGAGAAGGCGCGAGAUGAGAAUGGGAUGGAGAUUGCGCUGGACUUCACGACGGUGGAAUAUGCAAGGGGGCUGGGGAGUCACCCGAAGACCUUUCCAAGUGUCAUCUCAGCGGCGAGCAAACGGGCUGCUGAGCUUGUUGCGGGGCAUGAUCUCUGUACGGUCCCCUUGUGACCAUGACGAAGUUGCUGUAUUGCUAUCGGAACCUCGACUAGGAGUGAAUGAAGACGCUCUCGCCCGUGGCUUGCGGAGGCAAGCGGUUGUCGUUCACGGUCAGGCGAAGUGUGUAUGCAUAGCAGAAGGCGAGAACUUGCGUGCGUGACGAUCC